AUGGUUUUGCAUUCAGAUCCGCCUUUCACAACGGAUUUCGACCAGUCAUGGCCUGCUAGUAGUUUCAUAGUAACUUCCUGGGACAGAAGCAAUAAGAACCGCCCUAGGGACCCUUCCGCGCUCCAGGCUCUGAGGUCUCUUCCUGCCAUUCAGAACAAACGAGGGCUUAGCUUCUGCUUCUCAUGGACGGGCCGUGGGUUUCUCGAGGACGCUGUUACAUCUGGCUUCGCGGUUGUCGUUGAACUUCUCGGGGCCAAAGUGCCCUUUGCCUUUGAGCAUCAUCCGGACCUCUUGGAUGCGACUGACCUGCCUCAAUUGAAUUUGACUCUGACAGAUCAUCUCAUUCGGACACUACUCAGUCUACUGCGUUUCUACGUCCUUGUCAUUGAGGUUUCACUCAUCCUACUGGGUGCAUUGCGAGGUUUACUGAAGAAUAAAAUCUGUCUCCCGGGAAAGUGA